UGCGCAAUGGAUGUAAACAAAGCAGCAUGGCAGCACGCUGUUUGCAAGGAAGCGAUCAUCAGUAUUGACGAUAAACUUAAAGUUAUUAUCGCUGCUGAGGGGAGGAACUAAUCAUCGAUCGACUGAUCGUUAAAUCAGUCAGCUGCAGGAUGGAGGCAGUGAGGAAUCGACUGGCCGAGUGUUCACAGGAGGCUCACGAGCUGUACCUGAACCAAUCGGUGCCCUACCUGGAUGGGCCACCUGAGUCGCUGCAGUUCCACCGUGACUGGAUCGCGCCAAACAAGCCCUGCAUCAUCCGCAACGCCUUCAGCCACUGGCCAGCCCUGGCCAAGUGGAGCCCUGACUAUCUGAGGCAGAAGGUGGGGUCAAAGGUCAUAAGCGUGGCAGUGACUCCGAAUGGCUAUGCCGAUGCGGUAAACGGAGAUCGAUUCGUGAUGCCUGAAGAGAGACAGAUGAGCUUCUCCUCUGUUCUUGACAUCAUCGAGGGGAAGGUGGACAAAGGGGGCGGAGUCUUUUAUGUCCAGAGGCAGUGCUCCAACCUGCUGCAGGAGCUCCCCGAGCUCACUGCCGACGUGGAGCCGCACAUCGCCUGGAUGAGCACGGCACUCGGAAAGUUACCGGACGCUGUGAAUUUUUGGCUCGGAGAGGCGAACGCCAUCACCUCUAUGCACAAAGAUCACUACGAGAAUCUUUACUGCGUCGUCUCUGGAGAGAAACACUUCACCUUGAUGCCGCCUACAGACCGCCCCUUCAUCCCCUAUGGUUUGUACCAACCAGCCGUUUACCAUCAGCGAGAUGACGGCGAGUUUGAGGUCAUCGAUCAGAGCGACUCAGAGAUGGUCCCGUGGAUCCCUCUGGACCCGUUGAACCCGGACCUGGAGCGGUACCCGCAGUACCGGCGGGCACGGCCGCUCCACUGCAGCGUGAAGUCCGGAGAGAUGCUGUACCUGCCGUCGCUGUGGUUCCACCACGUACAGCAGUCACACGGCUGCAUCGCAGUGAACUUCUGGUACGACAUGGACUACGACAUCAAGUACAACUACUUUCAGCUGCUGGAGGCUCUGUGUGAGGUCACAAGGUCCACGUGACAUCACAGCGACAGUGUCACAUGGCCACCGUACAAUAAAGUUUUGUUCCUGUGGUGUUUGCAGGUUAAAUAUAGUUUUUCAGAAAAUACAUUUGACUAAAGCUCCUCACCUUCAUCGUUGGAGUUGUCAUCAGCAGCUCAGCCACGGUUUCCCACGAUUCUUUAUUCACUUUGAGAACAAUAAACUUUAUUGUUCUGUCACUGAAAACUUCAUCAAUAAAGUUCACCUGGA